AUGGACGCAGAGGCAUCGAGUCCAAAGCCAAUGGGGGCCUUCCGCAUCUUCUCCGACCGCUCGGCGUCGGAUUUGGAAGCCUUCGAAUGGAAUCCCACCAUGGACCUGCUGGCCUGCCUCACAGCACCGCCUGACUCGACGAUGAGUAUCUAUCGCCUGCUGUCCGAAGACCAAAGUCCCAAGCUGCUCUCUGAGAAGAUCACUGGAACUGGCAGUGCUUUGGCCUGGUCCCCCUGCGGCCGGCGCCUGGCAGUUGGGGAUCGCUUGGGAGGCAUCGCCAUCUACGACGGCGAGACAGGAGGUGUGCUCCAUUCCCGGCGCUCCCACGCUGUGGCCGUGACCGCCUUCUGCUGGGUGGAGAGCGGCUCUGCCUGCGAGGACCCUGCGUGGACUCAGGUGCUGCCGCCUUUGCUCUCGGUGCCCAGCGCGCCCAGCAACAUGUUCGCCGAGCCUCGGGAGGAGGCACCGACGUCCGCGGCCGGGCUCACGUUCUUAGCGUCCGUGGACGAGGGAGGUCACGUGGUUAUUGCGGCUGGUGGCACCUUCCCAGUGCAAGUUCAAGACUUGCCGUCAUUGCGGCCCAGGGCUGUGCAGCUGUCCCGCGAUUGUCGCUGCUUGGCCGUGCUGGGUCACCCUGAGCCACUGGACUCCGGGGGAUCAAUUGGAUCUUCUGGGUCUGCAGGCAGCCAAGGCAUCGGCGAAAGCGAGGUCAAAGCCAGCAAAGCCUCAGAUCUAGCUUUGCUGGUCUUAGACGUCCGCAAGCUGGCAAUCCGUCGUCGGGAGCUCGCCCAAAGCGCUUCCCUGGUCGAGCGGCUCUCUGCAGUGGCAACAUACACCCAGCAGGCCGUCGACACCCUCGCGAAUGUGUGGAGGAGCGCUGCAAGCACCUUUGUGAACAAGAUGAGGGCCUUCUUCGAUUGUCUCCAAGCAUACUCGGGAGACGACACUGACGUCCAUUCGGAGCUCCUGUUUACACUUUGCACAGGCAACCCAUCGGACGCCCUGCAUGCAUUCCUAACAAGGCAGACAACCCCUCAGCAGCUGUCGAGAAUAGAGAAAGGCUUGAUGCAGGCGCUGGACUACGUCGACCUCGUCACGUGCACCCGCCUCCAGGUGGCCGUGCAGCACCUUCUUGCCAUUCUCCAAGACCUAAAGGCCUGCAGUGGGCGGCAGCGCUUCCAAUCCAUCGGUUUGGAUUCCGAGCUGCUGUGUGAGUUGGAGACACAGACUCUUCGCUUUUCAUCCUUAACUGAGCAUCUCCUCCUGGACUGCUCGAAGGCUCGGAGCUUUGCAAGGACGCUCUUCCAACUGCUGCUGUUCCAGGCCCAGAAGCUCACGGAGAACACCGAUGCUACACCCUCGACGCGCCCCGAGAGCCGAAGUGGUGCCUGUGUGGCUUUGGGCACCGAUGAGGAUGUCGAAAGCUUCGUAGCAGCCAUGCGCAGCCGCCGCUCCCUGGAGCUUGAGGAGGUGUCCCAGCGCAUCGGAAAGUCAGCAAAGGGAUCCGAGAACCAGGAAUCCUUGGUGACACAACUGAUGACCCUUUCGAGCACCGCGGAAGGCCUGGGAGAGCAGCUUUGUGCCGCAAUGGCCCGGUGCAGCCGUGUGAUGGCAGAGAGGCACUUGCAAAUGGCUCCGCCGUGGCAAAGCCUGAAGCGACCUGAAGGAAGCGAGACCCUGCAAAGCCCACGAGGCUUGGGGCGGCCUGUUGUGCAUAUGGUCUGGGAGGAGCGAGAGGGAGACUCCCAGUUGGUAGAGACCCUGCCUGCCCGGCUGCGGCUGCUGUGGUGCGAUGGUACCGAGGCUGGGGCACAGCUUUGCCUCGCACGCCUGGAUUUCCCCAGCUCGGAGUUGGCCAUGGCCAAGCUCAGUGCCGGGAGCUUUGGACACUUUCUUCUUUGCCGUAGCUACGACGCAGAACGAGUGGCAGUGCUCCUGCAGGACACAAAGCGGGUGACCACGCAGGUGUGCUUGAUGAACCUGGAGGCAAUUCCGUUCACAUCUGGGCUUCCAGUUCCCGCGACAGAUUUCACGGAGCUGGCGCAGGAUGCAGUGAAGCAGAGCGAGCCGCUGCCGGAAAGCUAUUUCUUAGCAUCGGCGAUGCGAGUCAUGAGUCAGCGAGGCGUAUGCUCAGUUUAUUCCUCGAGGGCCAGGCGACUCUUAACUCUGGACAUGGAGGCAGACGAGGACGACAUGGAAGACGACCCUUGA